AUGCCCACUGAGGCCGUAACGAGAAAUCAGUCUACUAAGGAUGUCAUUAACUUCAUCAUAGGGGAAGGGGCGAAGGUCCAUCCAUCACUGACCCUAGCAGACAUGGGAACCAAAGGCAUGGGACUUGUGGUAUCGACCGACAUGAAAGCUGGUACAGCUAUGAUAACGAUACCGAGGAAAUCGAAGGUCCUCAUCAACAUCGACACAGCAUGUGAUGAUCCUGACUUCGGCAAGGUGAUAUGUUACCUCAAGGGAGCUGGACUGGACGAAAGAGGUUGUCUCGCGUUCUGGCUUGUAUUGCAGAAACUGGCUUCCACUCGGAGUUCUAAAGUGAAGACCAGGUGGUGUCCCUAUGCAGCUGUGCUCCCUACCGCCCAGAAAUUGAGGGACCAUCCUUUACUAUUAGAUGAUUCUGGAGUGUCUGCUAUCGCCAACACAGCUCUACAUGCAUCAGUUACUUCAAUGAAGGAGAACACGUUGAGACAGCUUGGGCAUAUACUAGAGAUAUUAAGCGCUCUUGAAGUGAAGGACGAGGGGCCUGUCGAUACGUUCAUUCGACAUACUAAGAUCAAACAGUUGUGGUUAUGGGCACAUGCUGUACUAUUGAGUCGAAGUGGAUUCGGCCUCAGUGGGGAGCCUGGGGACUCUGGUGUUAUGGCAGGCGAAGGCCUACUCAUGAUACCGUUGGUGGACUUCGCCAACCAUGAUAGCAGUGGUGGCAAUGCUGAGAUCCGUAUACAGCAUGCAUCUACGGGUUGGUUUGGAGGCUCAUCGGAAAGCAUCUCCUUGGUGGCCAAGCGUGACACUAAAGCUGGGGAGGAGAUUCUUAUAUCGUAUACUGGUGGCGAUAUACUCUCUGCUGAACAGAGCAUAUUCACCUACGGUUUCCGUAUGGAUCGCCUGGGUGCUCCCGACAAGUUCGCGGUGCCGACUGUGAGCAAGCCUGACGGUAGUGAUAUGAGGGAUGUAAUCCGACGACUGGUUCAUAUGGACGUAGCAAAGGACGAGGCAGAUGUUAUUACUAUACAGAGGGAUACGUAUCCUGAGGCUCUUGUUGCAUACAUGUGUAUUGAUAUACUAGCUGAAAAAAGAGGUAAAUUGGAGAGUUUAUGCCAGGCAUAUUCUAAUGCUGAGCGGCAAGAAGGCAUGCCACCACAGGUGCGGAUUCUUUUAUCAGCAGUUAGGGGCGAGGCCGAGAAAAGGGCCGAAUCAUUGCUCGCGCGCUGGUUACAAUCACUCGAUAUUAACCGCUCGGUCGUCGACAUUAACAAAAUGUACAGAGAGUAUCACGAUGAUUUGGUAGAGGCAGUCGAGUCGGUGGUCAUGCUAUUGCACAAGUGA